CUUGUCAAAAUCAAAUCUAAGAGAAAAUCUAAGCCCGCAAUAGGAUGCUUGCAACUCCCCUUCGCCACAGGAUCUUCACCCCCAUCAAACAUCCUUACCAGCCAUCCACCACACCGCCGCUGCGCUACCACUGCUCCGCCCUUCACGAAUGGCGAAAUACCCCAAUCAACGAAAACCGCAGCUGGGGUCCGGUCGGCCCUCAGCCGUCCGAUCUGCGCCCAACGCCAUCUUCCGGCGACGAUUUCACCGUCUCAUUCUCCUCCCUCGCUGAUUACGCCGCCUUUAUCCUCUCCACCCCCGAUCCGCUCCUCAAGUCUCGUAUUUCUCACCUGGCUUUCUCACGCUGGCGUAGCCACAGUCUUCCCGUCGGCUCGGUUUUACCGCCAGAUCAUCCCGCCCGUCCGGCGAGACCCGUUCAGGUGCCUCCGAAGGAGAUUCCAACACAUAAGAGCUCGGGCCUGCCACUCAACGUUUACUUGCUCCAUAACUUAGCUCAUGUGGAGCUUAACGCCAUGGACUUGGCAUGGGAUACCGUGGCUCGGUUUUCCACACUUUAUGAUUUGCUCGGAGAUGAGUUCUUUUCUGAUUUUGCUCAUGUUGCAGAUGAUGAAAGUCGGCACUUUGAAUGGUGUUCGCAAAGACUAAAUGAGCUUGGUUUCAGCUAUGGAGACAUGCCUGCACAUAACUUUCUAUGGAGAGAGUGCAAUAAAUCCAGUGGAGAUGUUGCUGCACGACUGACAGUUAUACCAUUGGUUCAGGAAGCUAGAGGUCUUGAUGCUGGGCCUAGACUAGUUCAGAAGCUGAUUGGAUUUGGAGAUCACAGGACAUCAAAUAUUGUAGCAAAGAUAGCCGAGGAAGAAGUUGCUCACGUCGCUGUUGGUGUGUUCUGGUUCACCCUGCUCUGUCAAAAGAUGGGCAGAUCCCCAUGUGAUACUUUCAAAGAUUUGUUGAAGGUGCAUGGUGUUGAAUUGAAAGGCCCCUUCAACUAUGCAGCUCGUGAUAAAGCUGGGAUGCCACGUGAUUGGUAUGAUGAUAAUUCGCUACUUCAUGAUGGAGCCAAGGAAAGACUUUCAGAGGUCCAUGUCAGGCUUGCAGCCAUUAUUGCCAUGGAGCAAGAGAACUCAAAACUUGGAUAGGCAUUUGCUUUGGGAGAUCCAUGCAGAACAUAUGCAGAAAUCUCUCGUGUCUCUUUAUUGUUUUCUCCUUAAACAAAUGAUGAGGGUUGUUGGGCUGCACUUUCUUCC